AUGACCAUUGUCGUAUUUUCUAGUCGUUUUCUCUACUUACCUCCGACGCCAGCCUACAGUGAAACUGUUGCUGAAAUAUUCUGCCUGACAAUCUGGUCAGGAGCGUUCUGCUUCAUUUUGGGUUAUAUUUCCAUAUUUACCUGCGUAUCAUUGACUAUCGAACGCUGGAUAGCUGUUGUCAAACCCAACACAUAUCGCUCAGUGAAACCAAAACACGCUGUCGUAGCUGUGAUCCUUGCCUGGAUCUGUGGUAUAGCGGUGAACGCCACAACUUUCUUUCGACUAAAAUACGAUCCUGAUAAAAUUACCUGCAGAUGGACGCCUUUGCCUUUCGCAGCGAAAGAGGCUCCAUGGAUACAUUUAACAGUGCAGUCAAUCAUUCCUUUCACCACUAUGGUUGUGUUGUAUACUCAUAUCUAUUUCCGAAUGAAGAAUCUACCCCAGAUUUCCUCAAAUAGCAAUUCCCAACUCAGAAAGGUCACAGUUGUAGCAGUGUUGGCAUGCUCGGCUCUGAUUAUCGGAUGGCUUCCAGGCCAGGUCACAUUCAUGUUACCAAAGUUUGGUUACCUUCAUCCAAAUGGUAUCAUACACACGUCGUGUGUAAUGAUAACCUUUUUUAAUAGUUGUGUCAAUCCAGCGCUCUAUGGGAUGUACAGCCCUAGGUUCCGUGCAGAGUACAAAGUUGUGUUCAAUAAAGCAUUCGGACUGUGUGCUUCCUCUAAUUCCUCUGCUGUGCUGCCCGCGCACGAAUCCGCUGAUGUACUUCCGUUACCCUUAGUUUCAAUCAACGGCUCUUCUGCAGACGGCUCUUCUGCAGUACGUUCGUUACCUUAA